UAAAGUUGUUGUUUUUUUCUUCAUAAGCAGAGGACAAGGACUGAUGGAGAAAAGGCUGUCUGACUUUCAGUCCGACUAUGCCAGCGAUGCUGAGCUGUUGGCUGCUGCUGAAAAUGUUCUUGAGGAGUCCGAGGUGCCAGUGUCCACCCAGCUCACCACCUGGGCAGAGAUCGCACCAGCUGGCAGCCAGGACUCUCAGGGCAGACCACCGGACACCUCUGCUUCUGAAGCUGACGGAGUCUUGCUGGAGGGCUGGCAGAAGUACUGGGAGCAUCUGACUCCAUCUGGACAAGCUCCCGGUAUAACUGUCCCCAACAUCAAGUGGUUGAAAAAUGACGAGCUGUACGGCCUGUUUGACAGAACGUCGUCAUGCAAAAACAUCAGAGGAGAGGAAACUUCUGAAGAACAAGAUGGAGUUCCAUCCACCUCCACCUCCGACGUUUGUCAAGGGAGGGCUGCCAAGCAUGAUGUCAUUUUUCACCACUCCAGUCUUCGUCUGGCACCCGAUUGGUGUGAUGCAAGCUAAGAUCCGCUGCCCCAACUCCAACUGCCCCGCACCACCAGGCGAAUUCCUGGAGAAGAAAGGCUUCGGCCAGGCAGGUGUGUGGCAUGACCAACAGCUACACCCUGUUGACGGAGAAGCUGAGGUGUCCGUACUGCGAAAAGGUGAGGCGGGUGGCGAGCGAGCCGCACGGCGACACCGAAGACGUGGGUGGUUGUCGUGAGCAGCACUACAUCUGGCUGGCGCACAGUCCCAAGAUCCUGAUGAACCUGACUCCAGCUGUCAGAAGCAUGUUUCCUGCCAUACUGUGUGGAAAGUGGGCUGUGGACAAGGGCGUGGUCACUCUCCUGAACGACCGGGUCAACAGCGUCUCAAUGAGCAAGGUGCAGAGGCUGCUGCAGCAGGGCCAUGACGAGUGGUAUGUGGAGCGACGCGACCUGUACCAGACGCUGCUGUAUGAAGCCCAUGUCGCUGGAGACGUGUCGUCUCAGAAGAGCAUCCUGCCCUUCGCGAAGGCCGCUGGUACCUACACGCCUCCUCCGCCCCGCAUCCCGCUGCCCUGCGCCCGUGUGCUGAGGCGAGCGCACAUGAUCAUGGAGAUGGAGAAGAUGCCCGUGUACAGAGCCUCGAUCCUCAGUGUGACAGGAGAAAUCCUCUGCAUUAACGGAACCAAAAAGGUCCUCAAGAAGAUAUAUGGCGACGGCCAGGGCACCAUGCAGUACGUCACCAGCGUGCUGAACCAGUGGGGCCAGUUCCUGACCACAGUGGUGGUAGCGGCAGAGUCUGAGGGCUGCUACAGGCGCAUGGCCAAAGGUCUGAUGGCCCGCUUUGACCGAGCUGGAGCUCCUGCACCCAAAAUCAUAUAUGCAGAUAGCAACUGUUGUCGAGACAGUGGUUCAUCCUUCCUGGAGAACCUCUUUGCAGACUGGGUGCAGAAGGGGACGGUGGUCAGACUGGACAUUCGACACUGGCUCCACCGCUGGGACGCCGUUGUCAUCAAGCAGAGCCACGCCAAAUACGGGGUGUUCAUGAGUGCCCUGGCAGGCGCGAUGCUAGCCUACAACAGGGACGACAUGAUGCUGCUGAUCCAGGCAGUCAGGCAGGGCAACCUGGAGCUCUACAGCAGGCUUUCAGACGAGGACAUGAUGGCCUUCCUCAAACCUCACCAGAUAAGGUCCUACGUCAGACGCAUCACCCGUGGGGUUGAGGAGACGGCGUCAGCGAUUGAGUCCAUCAUCGCCGAGCUGAAGGGACCUGCGGGCCUCGACAUCGACGGCAUCCACCUGUUCAAGUCGGCGCAGGCGGUGGACGCUCACUGGGCCACCGCUAGCAAGCAUCUCAGCUGCAUGCAGGUGGGGAAACCCUUCUGCACUAAUCACUGCAAAACUGACAAAUUACUGUUGCAUUCUCUGAUUGGAUGCCAUAAUUAAGCCCGUCACAAUAAGCAAUACAUAAAUUAAUCGAAUGACAAUUUAAAACAAACAUUUACAUGCAGUACAAAGUAGUUAGCUUGCAC